GGGAAAGUUGCGGCGAGCCCCGGUCGGCGGAGACAGAGCCGGCAACAGCGGGCGGACCGGGCACGGCGGCACCGGCAGCACCGGAGCACGGCAGCACCGGCGCUUCCCGGCCGAGCAUCCCCGGGGGCCAUGGAGCCGCCGCGGAGCCUCCCGGGGCUGGAUCCCGACCGCGAGGGGCUGGACCCGGCCGGCGGCUGCCCGUCCCCGCUGGAGAUCAAGUCCGUCCCCAGCAAGAAGAUCUGGGUCAAGCUCCGUGCGCUGCUGCGUUACAUGGUGAAGCAGCUGGAGACAGGAGAGGUGAAUGUGGAGGAGCUGAAGAGGAACCUGGAAUAUGCCGCCUCGCUGCUGGAAGCCGUCUACAUCGAUGAGACGAGGCAGAUGCUGGACACAGAGGAUGAGCUGCGAGAGAUGGGCUCGGACGCAGCGGUGCCCUCGGAGGUGCGGGACUGGCUGGCAGCUACCUUCACCCAGCAGGCACGGGCCAAGGGGCGCCGCGCAGAGGAGAAGCCCAAGUUCCGCAGCAUCGUUCACGCUGUCCAGGCUGGCAUCUUUGUGGAGAGGAUGUUUCGCCGGACAUACACGGCCGUGGGGCCCAGCUACUCCACCUCCGUCCUGAACUGCCUGAAGAGCCUCGACCUGUGGUGCUUCGAUGUCUUUGCACUGAACCGGGUGACAGAUGAUCACUCCCUGAGGACCAUUGUCUUCGAGCUCUUCACCCGACACAACCUCAACAGCCGCUUCAAGAUCCCCACCGUCUUCCUGACGACACUGCUGGACGCGCUGGAGGCUGGCUAUGGGAAGUACCGGAACCCCUACCACAACCAAGUCCAUGCCGCUGAUGUCACCCAGACCGUCCACUGCUUCCUGCUCCGCACCGGCAUGCUGCACUACCUGACGGAGAUCGAGGUCCUGGCCAUCAUCUUCGCUGCUGCCAUCCACGACUAUGAGCACACAGGCACCACCAACAGCUUCCACAUCCAGACCAAGUCAGACUGUGCCAUCCUCUACAACGACCGCUCGGUGCUGGAGAACCACCACAUCAGCGCUGUCUUCCGCAUGAUGCAGGAUGAUGAGAUGAACAUCUUUGUUAAUCUCACCAAGGAUGAGUUUGCGGAGCUGCGGGCGCUGGUGAUUGAGAUGGUCCUGGCCACUGAUAUGUCCUGCCACUUCCAGCAAGUGAAGUCCAUGAAGACGUCCCUGCAGCAGCUGGAGAGGAUUGAUAAGUCCAAGGUGCUGUCGCUGCUGCUGCACGCGGCCGACAUCAGCCACCCCACCAAGCAGUGGUCGGUGCACAGCCGCUGGACCAAAGCCCUGAUGGAGGAGUUCUUCAGGCAGGGGGACAAGGAGGCUGAGCUGGGGCUGCCCUUCUCACCCCUCUGCGACCGUACCUCCACACUGGUGGCCCAGUCCCAGAUUGGCUUCAUUGACUUCAUCGUGGAGCCCACCUUCUCGGUGCUGACUGAUGUGGCUGAGAAGAUGGUGCUGCCUGUCACUGAGGAUGGCACCAAAGCCAAGGGCAACCCAGUGGCCAGCCAGCAGGCCAGCUCGCAGUGGCGGCAGCCAUCCCUGGAUGAGCACCUGGAGCUGGGGGACAUGAAAGCUGACCUGGCUGGCUUCCGCUCCACCUGGGCCAAGUAUAUCCAGGAGAACAAGCAGAAGUGGAAGGAGCGGGCAGCUAGUGGCAUCACCAACCAGGUGUCCAUCGAGGAGCUGUCACCCUGUGAGGAGCCACCGCCUGUGGUCCCCAGCCAGCACAGGCAGAACGGGGAUGUGGAAUAGCACUGGGAGGAGUGAGGUCCCUGUCUGGCCGAGUGACACUGUCUCGCCCAAAGUCUUCAAUGCCAUCGAGUUCAGCACCAUUUGCAGGGAAGGAGCCGCCUGGGGCCGCACAAGGAUCCAUGCCAGCCUUCGUGCCAGGAGCAUCACUGGGGCUGGCACCCCCGGCAGCCCCCCAGCCCAGCCAGCUCCAGCUGCCUGUGCCAAGCUGGCUGCCGAGCCACAUGGCCUCGGGCCAUGGGUGACGGUGAUGUUGACCCUCUCACUGCCAUGCCAGCCGCUGCCCGGCCUCCUCCUGCCAGGUUUUGUCCUGGUGGCUUUUUAAAAAAGCUUCUUCUCACCCCACUGGGGAGCCUGGUGCUCGAGACACUGACAGUGACACUGACGCUGGGGAUAGCAGGGGACCAAGGGAUGGAGGAGCCAUGUGGGAUACACCAUCACCCUGAGGGCCACCGCAAUCCCCUCUGUGCCUGCUGGGUCUGUCCAGUGACACCGUGAUGGGUGGCCCCUACUGUUCCCCUGUGUCAUCCCCAUCCUGCCCCACCUGCCCAUCCCUGUCCCCAGGUCUGCUGGCCCCAAGGGCACCUCAGAGGUACCCCGGGGGGUCCUGCCUUACAUGUGCAAGGCUGGGAGCUGGGGGGCAGCAAGGUGGUGAUGGGGGCUGGGGCUGGGACGUGGUGGGAGGGCAGGAUCGGGCCCUGAAGUGGUGGUGCCAGCCCCUGGCUCCAGCAUUCCCUGGUGGCAGCAUCCCCCAGCUCUAGGGGGCCUCCAGCACCUUCUGGCUCUGGUGUGCUUCCAGCAUCGCUGGCUCCAGCGUGACUCCAGUGUGCCUCCAGCAUCCUCUGGCUCCAGCAUGCCUGUCAGUAUUCCCCCUGCUUCCUCUUGGCCCUGCUGUGCCUCGAGCAUCCUCUGGCAUCCUGGUGUGCCUCGAGCAUCCUCCGGCAUCCCAGUGUGCCUUGAGCAUCUUCUGGCAUCCUGGUGUGCCUCAAGUGUCCUCUGGCAUCCUGGCUCCAGCAUGCCUCAAGCAUCUUCCAGCCCCAGCAUCCUCCUGCUCUGGCAUCCCGGCUAGGGCCGCCUUGCCCUGCUGCGUCCAUUGCCCAGCGCCUGGCCGCCACGGCACAGCCCCUCUGUGUUUGUACUUUUCUACCCUGCAGUAAUGUGUCCGUUGUGUCCCCACCUGGUCACUGCUGGCAGAGCUCCACGUCGCACCCACCCACCCACGCAUGUGAAACAAAGCGCUGCCACUAAUAAGCAAUUAAUAAACCGUACACCACCACCAGCCUGGACAUCC